AACAAACAACGUACGUGUUCAUGUGCCAUGUCGAUCAAGACACGAACGGCGAGCGGAGCGGCAGCGUCGGCGCGCCGGGUGAAGCGGUGCGUGACCUAUCGCACAAGAAGCUGUGCACGCCACGCCACGGCCCGGCCGGCUAUAAAUGGGACUCGAGGGAAGUGCCAUUUCUUCUCUCCUCGCAAACACCUCCGGCCGGCCCGCACACUCAAUUCGUUGCACUCCAAGAAUCGGACACUCCUAGGCGCCAGCCAGCUACUAAUAGCUGUUUGCUGUACGAGGCCGAUGGGCGAGGCCGACGUCUCCGGCGCCGCCGCGGUGCUCGUGCUCGCCGUGUCGCGCGUCGUGCCAACGCCGGCGCCGGCGGAGCGGGAAGGGCGCGUGAAGCUGUCCUUCUUCGACACGCCGUGGGUCGUGCUCCCGCCCAUCCAGCGGGUGUUCCUGUACGAGCUGCCCGGCGCCGACGAGUUCCCGGCGGUGGCCAAGCGGCUCAAGGAGUCCCUCGCCGCAACGCUCGCGCAGUACCUCCCGCUGGCCGGGAAGCUGACGUACGUAGCGGAGACCGGGGACGUCUUCGUGGACUGCGCCGACGACCCCGGGGUGGCCUUCGUCGAGGCCGAGGGAGACAUGGACGUGCGCCGGCUCGCCGGCGACGAGGCACACGACCUCCCUGCGUUCCUCGCUCUGGUGCCGGAGCUCGACGUCAAAGUGCUCCCGGCGCCCGUGCUGUCCGUGCAGGCCACGCAGCUCCGGGACGGUCUGGCCCUCGGCCUGUCCGUGCACCACGCCGUCGCAGACGGGCAGGCGGUGUGGCGGUUCAUGCGUGCGUGGGCGUCUGCCUCCCGCGAGGGCUCGCCUGUGACCAAGACCCUCGGCCCGCCGCACUACAGCCGGGACGCCAUCCACGUCCCCGGCGGCGACGAGUUUGCGCGCGAGAUGCUCAAGGUGGUCGCGCCCAAUCUACCCGUGGCCAACGCGAUGAACUACGACUUCGGCCAUCGCUUCCGCCUGGCGCGCCGAACAUUCUACCUAGCCGCCGACGACAUCCGGUCACUGAAGCGGCGCAUCGACGCCCUCGCAUCGGCCGAGAACGCCGGGGGCAGUGAGACCGCCAGCAGCUGGAAGCCGGUGUCGACGUUCGUGGCGCUGUCGGCGCUGGGCUGGACGGCGUUCGUGCUGUCCAAGGGCCUCGCCGCGGGGGACGACACGUACCUCGUAUUCCUGGCCGACCUGCGCGAGCGCCUGGACCCGCCCGUCGGCGAUGGGUACCUCGGCAACUGCAUCAAGGGCUGCAUGGCGACCGCGGACGCCGGGGAGCUCCUCGGCGAGCGCGGGCUCCUGCGCGCGGCGCGAGCAAUCCAGGCGGCAGUGGCAGAGAUGGAGGCGGCGCCGCUGGCCGGCACGGAUCGGUGGAUGGAGCGGAUGAUGAAGCUGCCGUUCGCGCGGGUGGCGAACGUGGCGGCGAGCCCGCGGUUCCGGGUGUACGAGGCUGCAGAUCUCGGGUUCGGCCGGCCCGCGCGCGUGGAGCUGGUGUCCAUGAACCACGACGGGGAGAUGGUGCUUGUCGGCGGCAGGCGCAACGGCGAGGUGCAGCUGUCUGUGUCGCUCGACCCGGCCCGCAUGGACGCCUUCAAGGCGCACGUCCUCGCCAUCGAUUGAUCCAUCCAUAUCCCCGCUGCAUACUGUGACGCACGUGAAACAGGAUCGAGAUCCAGAUGCUACUGUAGCUACAGUAGAAUGCAUUUAGGUCUGGUCCGGACCGUUGAUUUCACUGGGGGUGCAUCAAAUUCAUAUGCUACAGUAUAUCUACAGUACCUCGCACAGUACCGGAACGCCGAGCAUGGAACCAGAUUACUGUUGUUAUAGUAAUAUAUGAUUAACUAAUACAUAUCACUGUAGCACCAGGCUCAUUUUACUGUAUAACAGUGAUCCUCUGCAGAGAAUCCGGGUCCCGUGAAACAAGAACGCCAUGGGCACAUCCAUAUCAUGCUCCUACUAGUGUCAUCAACUAUUAAUUUUGCCGUUUAUUUGUUUAUUUUUUUCGAUCAUUUGAUUGAUUAAUAAACUACUUGGUAUUUUGGUAA